AUGACCCACAAACUCAUAGUACUUCGCCAUGGCGAGUCGCAAUGGAACAGAGACCACAAGUUUUGUGGAUGGAUGGACAUUCCGCUAUCUGAAAAAGGCGAAAGAGAGGCUGCACACGCCGGAGAUCUUCUAGAUCAGCACAAUAUCAAGCCUGACGUAAUGUACACAUCGCUUCUUCAACGAUCUGUGAAAACGGGACAAAUCAUGCUUGAGAAAACGUCCCGAAUGUGGGUUUCGCAUCAUAAAACAUGGAGACUCAACGAAAGACACUAUGGAGCAUUCCAAGGGUGUAACAAAAACGAGGUGUUUGAGAAGUACGGCAAAGAAAACUAUCAGUACUACCGGAGAGACUUUUCCGCCAUUCCUCCGUUGGCAGAAAAUGAUCCAUCUAUAGAUGAGAGAUACUUAAGAAGCGUUGAAAAUGGAGGAAUCGAGCCGGGCCACAUUCCACGCGGUGAGUCCUUGAAGCUUACUAUGGAGCGGAUGAUUCCUUAUGUCAUGAAGGAGGUUGUGCAGCGUGAAAUGUUGGAGAAGAACCGGGUGGUGCUACUAGUGACACACGGCUCGAUAGUGCGUAGUCUCAUCAAGCAUUUUGGAGGGGUGAGUGAUGCCGACAUUAGUAAAAUCAAUGCGCCAACGGGUGUUCCUUUGGUAUUCGAGUUCGAUGAUUCUGGAACUCCAAUCGGGGACUACUACUACUUGGAUGAGGAGUUGGCCAAGAAAGGGAUGGAUAAGGUAGCCAUGGAGGGCCACUCGAAAAUGUGA